UGUGUGUGUGUGUUUGUGUGUCUGUGAAAUUAUGCUUUAAUUAUUAGUCACCAAAUAAGCAGGAAAUCUGUGGAAAGGCCCAGCAGAGAGACAUCUGCUGACUGUAACAUUACUGUGAAACCAGCAGAUAAAGAUUUUGCCAGCAUACAUAAAACAGAGGGACAAUGAGCUCCCAGCUCUGUGCAUAGAAACCGAUAUACAACCCUGAUACACCAACAGCAGAAGAACUUUGAAGCCACUAUACAAGGAUCAAGUGACUCCUGUUCUUCGCAAAAACGCCUAGGAGCCCUGGAGGAGCGAAGAGGCUUCACCAUUCUUCCACCUGCAAGACAAGAAACAGCAUUUGCAUAUUAAAAUGUCCCUCAAGAAUCUUCUGUAUCCAAAUAAUCCUAAAAGAAGGGAAGAGGUAUCUCGGCUACAUCGUCAACUACUUGACUGCAUGGCCAGCAACUUCCAACAGACUAACAAGCUCAUCCUGGCCCUGAAAAAACACUUAGGGUGUCAGAUAAGCCCUAUUGAGAUGAAAUAUAAUUCAACCAUCAAAGAAAAUUGUAAUAUCUUCAUCAAAACCAUGGAAGAGAUCCAACAAGAGGUGCAGAAGAUCGAUGAGCAACUGAAGACACUUAUUGAACCAACACUGUAUCAAAAGCUUCAUGAUCUUAAAGAACCAGAACCACAGAAGGUAGAAAUUGUACAAAAAGUGAUCUCUGUAAUUAUGGGGAAGGCCACUGCUACGGCCAGUGCCAUUAUUGUAAAGCUGGUCAGCUCCAAUAUAACAAACCUUAUUGUGAACAAACUGGUAACCCUCCUGGCACAGAUUGGUGCCUCGGUUCUGGGCAGUCUGGGCAUUACACUGUUGGGGUUGGGCAUUGAUGCAAUUAUAUGUGCCAUUUUGGGUGCAGUAGAGCGAGACCAGCUGGAGACUUCAAUGAAAGAAUAUGAGGAAUCCCUGGCUGAAUUCAAGCCUGCUUCAGAGACAUAUCAGCAGGCCAUUGUUAGAGUCAUAACAGCACUGGAAGAGAUGUUUAAUUCUGAGGUUGCACCUUCUCUAAAUACAUAGUAAAUGCAUGUGUCAAAU